UCAAUAACAAGACGAGCCGAAUGUAAACAUUUCUAACCAGUCUUGUGUAUCAAUCUGGUACAGAUAACCCGAUAGAAUUGUUACUAAUUCUUGACCUCAGUCAGCGAUGCUUUGCUCGGCAUUGGGAAGGAGGCUCUUUCGUGCAGGCUCGGUUGGUGUUAGAAUGGCAAGCACUGACGUGAACCCGAAUAAGAAAUUGAGUGGGAAAGUUGCAAUAGUUACUGCAUCUACAGAAGGCAUUGGAUUUUCUAUAGCCAAAAGAUUAGCACAGGAUGGAGCACAUGUAGUGAUCAGCAGCAGAAAGCAGAAAAAUGUAGAUAAUGCACUUGAUCUCUUGAAGAAAGAUGGUUUCAGUGUCAGUGGAAUGGUAUGCCAUGUAGGAAAAAAGGAAGACAGAGAAAAACUCAUUUCUGAGACAGUACAAAGGCAAGGGGGAGUGGACAUAUUGGUUAACAACGCAGCAGUCAAUCCGACUUUUGGGACACUUUUACAGACACCAGAAGAAGCUUGGGAUAAGAUAUUUGACGUCAAUGUGAAAGCAGCUUUUCUGUUGUGUAAAGCUGUGGUGCCUAUUAUGGAACAAAGAGGUGGUGGUCACAUUGUAAUGGUUUCUUCUAUUGGUGGUUAUAAUCCUUUUGAGCUAAUAGCGGCAUAUUCUGUGAGCAAGACUGCCCUCCUUGGUCUAACAAAAGCUUUGGCUAAGGAGUGUGCACCAAUGAAUAUCAGGGUGAAUGGAAUAGCUCCAGGAGUCAUCAAAACUAAAUUUAGUGAAGCACUAUGGAAAAAUCCGAUGGUAGCUGAAAAAGCCAUGGAGCCAAUUCCUCUGAAAAGGUUUGGUGAGCCAGAUGAGAUGGCUGGUGCUGUGUCUUUCUUAGUAUCACAAGAUUCUUCAUACAUAGUAGGAGAAACCAUUGUCCUGACUGGAGGAACCCCAUCAAGACUGUAGAUGUCACCAUCUGAUAUCCCAUCAAGAUAUGGGCAUGUCAAGUUAUUUGACCAUUUUCUGAUAAAGCAUUACAAAAUAAACAGGUACUAGUAAAAGUGAUAUUUAUAAAGGUUUGACUAGAAAAUGAGUUUCCAUCAUCUGAAGAAAAAGCUUUUUCUCUGUUUGUUAAGUCGGAUGUACUGGGUGUGGUUGUUAGAUAUGAUCUUACUUGACAUGAAGGUGAAGUGAGAAUAUUAGCCAUUUUGACAGUAUUUCAUGAUUCAGGUGCUCAGGGAAAUGUUUGCAUGCACAUUUUAUAUCUUAUAGUAAAAUCAUUCAUUUCAUAUAUAGGAUACAUUUUUAAUUGAUAUUUUUGAUAAAUCACAACUGCAUCUACAGACUCAAAUGCACCAUGUUUAUGGCAAACCCAAAUGUUUUCCCAAAACAAUUAAUCUAUGGUGUUUUACCUGUUUUCCGUGACCACAAACCCAUUUCAACAACUGAAAACUCAGGGUACAGAUAGGUAUAUAAUUGCACUAGUAUACAUGUCAGAGUGGAGCCAAUAGGUAAAUUAAUGAGCUGAUUUUAUCAAUACUGCUGGCCACAAUGUACUUGGUUUAAAAAUACCAACAUGAUUAGCUAUGACUGUAGAUUGUGAUACAGCUUUGUACUUAAAAUUGUGCCCACUUGUGUCACAUGGAUAUAUUGUAACUGGAGUCUUAUCGAAGUAGCCAGAGACAGAUCUGUUGACCACUUUGUGGCAUCUGUGAAUAAAAUUUGAAUAACCA